AUGAGGUCCUCUGUGUCUCGGCAGACCUAUGCUACCAAAGGAGGCUUCAGUUCCAACUCAGCCAGUGGGGGGGGUGGCUCUCGGACCCACACCAGCUUCAGCUCAGUGACGAUGUCCCGGAGCGGUGGCAGUGGUGGUGGGGUCCGCUGUGGGCCCCGCAUGGGUGGCUUUGGCAGCCGGAGCCUCUAUAAUUUGGGGGGCAGCAAGAGCAUCUCAGUCAGUGUGGCCUCCUCAGGCCGGGGUCUGGGAGGCUUUGGCCUCAGCAGCGUGGCCUAUGGAGGCCUAGCUGCUGGCAGGCAGACAUUUGGGCCUGUUUGUCCUCCUGGUGGGAUCCAAGAAGUCACUGUCAACCAGAGCCUGCUGACCCCUCUCAAUGUGGAGAUAGAUCCAGAGAUCCAGCGGGUGCGCACCCAGGAGCGUGAACAGAUCAAGACCCUCAACAACAAAUUUGCCUGCUUCAUCGACAAGGUACGCUUCCUGGAGCAGCAGAACAAGGUGCUGGAGACCAAGUGGGCAUUGCUACAGGAGCAAGGACAGAACGUGGGAGUCACCAAGAACCUGGAGCCUGUCUUUGAGGCCUUCUUGAACAGCAUGCGGAGGGACCUGGACAGCAAGCUGGGAGAGCGGGGGAGGCUGGACACGGAACUGAGGAAUGUGCAGGAUGGCCUUGAGGACUUCAAGAACAAGUAUGAGGAUGAAAUCAACAAGCGCACUGCUCUGGAGAACGAGUUCGUGGUGCUCAAGAAGGACGUUGAUGCUGCAUACAUGGCCAAAAUGGAUCUGCAGGGCAAAGCAGAUUCUUUGAUUCAGGAGAUUGAUUUCCUGCAAAGCCUCUAUGAAAUGGAGCGGAGCCAGAUUCAGACCCAUGUGUCUGACACCAAUGUUGUCCUAUCCAUGGACAACAACCGCAACCUGGACCUGGACAGCAUCAUUGCUGAGGUCAAGGCCCAGUAUGAGCUGAUUGCCCAGAGGAGCCGGGCUGAGGCUGAAGCUUGGUACCAGACUAAGUAUGAGGAGCUGCAGGUGACAGCUGGGAAGCAUGGGGACAAUCUUCGGGACACCAAGAAUGAGAUUGCCGAGCUCACCCGAACUAUCCAGAGGCUGCAGUGUGAAGUAGAUGCAGCUAAGAAGCAGUGUCAGCAGCUGCAGGCAGCCAUUGCGGAAGCAGAGGAGCGUGGAGAACUUGCGCUCAAGGAUGCAAAGAAGAAGCUUGGGGAUCUGGACACAGCCUUGCACCAGGCUAAGGAGGACCUGGCCAGGCUGCUGCGUGACUACCAGGCCCUUAUGAAUGUGAAGCUGGCCCUGGAUGUGGAGAUUGCCACCUACCGCAAGCUGCUGGAGAGCGAGGAGAGCAGGAUGUCUGGAGAAUGUCCCAGUGCAGUCAGCAUUUCUGUGACUGGCAACUCUACCACCAUGUGCGGAGGCAGCGCAACUGGCUUUGGGGGUGGCAUCUCCAUAGGUGGGGGUGUUGGAGCCAGCAAGGGUGGAUUCAGCACCAAUGUGGGCUACAGCACUGCCAAGGGAGGGCACGUCUCCGGGGGCACUUCCAUCCUGCGAAAGACCACCACGGUGAAGACGUCCCACCGGAGGUACUAGCCGCUGAGUCUUGCCUGCCAGUUGGGGCCCCUGAAGUCCUCUCCCUGUCCCGCUUACCCACCAAACCUUCUUAUGAGCAGCCCCAGGGACCACAGAUUCAGGGUGUCUCAUAAUCACACUCUUUGUGCAAAAUUUGCAUUUGCUGAAAGGAGCAAAUCUACCCAGGUUUUCUCCUUGGUUGUGGGAUGGGAUGGGAGGGGAGCUUGAGGUCACCUAAUUGAGCAAUGUGUUUGGGUAAUUUGGGGGUGACCUCUGGCCACUGGGAGAAGGCUGGAUGUUCCAGGCCACCUUGGUGUCUCUCCUUUCCUCUGACCAUCUGCUCUGGGUCCAGGACAGGCUAAGAAAGGAGAAAGGCAAGUUGGAA